UGGGCCACUACUGCACACCGAGGUGUUGUUAACACACUCAGUUCGUUCAAGUUUUAGUGUAGUUCGUUGCUUGGCCGUGUGCGGUUGUAAACUUACUUGGCUUUUAAACAAGAAACAAAUUCGUACACUUUCGAGACUUAGCAAAAUCAAAUACAAAAGCCGUCUAUAAAUGUAGAGCGCCUAUAGUUACGAGCUUGAGGUUCGAAAAAGUGCCAAGUUUUUUUUCGUAUUAGCAAAACCGUGAUUAAAGCGAACACUUGGAUUAUCGCUCACGGUGCAGCUAUUGCAGGAAAUUUGGGAAAAAGUGUUUUCGAAAAAAUCACAAAAAAAAAAUAAAUACAAAAACAGAUGAGCAAAGAAUGCUAAAAACUGUGUUGAAAAUAUUUUUCAAACUAAUCAAGUGAUUUUGUAAAUAAAAAAUUUGAAUUUUUGUGAAUUUUGCGCAAGUAAAUAACUGUGUAGGAAACAACAAAAAAAAGCAAAAUAAACGAAAGCAAAGCAUAAGCAACAACAAACAUUUGUGUUUGCCACGGAAAUGCGUUAUUAGCCGUUUUGUGUUAAAAUCGCAGUGAAAAUUCAAAUUCAAUCAGAUUGCAAUUAAAGUGCGUGGGAAAAUUUGGAGAAAUCAUAAAAAUCGCAUGACAAUUGAGUUUUAAUGUACACGAGCUACUGCCGGACAGUUGGAAAAGCAAUGGAACGCUUAUAAAACCAACACCCAUUAACGACGCGACGUAUGCACUACAGCAACCAAUAAAAAUAACAACAACAACAUUAGAAUCCGAGUUUAAUAAGGAGUCACAUACACAUACACAUAUAUACCACAAAAUGUUGCAACUCAAGAGCAUUACCUACAUUUCGCUGCUCAGUCUGCUGCUCGCCGCCACAGCUAGCGGUUUGGCUAACUGUCCACCCGGUUGUCAGUGCGAUGACAAUACUUUGGUCGUGCAGUGCGGCGAGGGUCAAUUGGAUGUUCUGCCGAUUGCACUGAAUCCGUCCAUACAACGUUUGGUGAUACGCAACAACAAAAUCAAGACGAUAGACUCUUCGAUACAAUUCUAUGCCGAGCUGACAUUCCUCGAUUUGUCGUCGAAUCACCUGAUGACCAUACCGCAGCGCACCUUCGCUUACCAGAAGAAGCUGCAGGAGGUGCAUUUGAAUGACAAUAAGAUUGGCGCAAUCAGCAAUAAGACAUUCAUCGGUUUGUCGGCCGUGACGGUGUUGAAUUUACGCCAUAAUCAGAUUUCCGAGCUACAUUUGGGCACCUUUACGCCGCUGGCUAAAAUUGAAGAGCUGAAUUUAGGUAAUAACCGCAUUGGCUUUGUCGAUCCGAAAGCGUUUGACGGUUUGUCGCAGCUGCGUAUCUUGUAUUUGGAUGACAAUGCGUUGACUUCGGUGCCUGAUCCAGUUAUUUUCCAGGCCAUGCCCAUUUUGGCGGAGCUCUUUCUCGGCAUGAACACUUUAUUGAGCAUACCUGCAGCGGCCUUCCAAGAUGUGCCGGCCUUAACGCGUCUGGACUUACGUGGCGCUGAGUUGCAGAAUAUUUCGCAUGACUCGUUCAAGGGUUUGGAAGCGCUGCGCCAACUGGAUCUCUCUAACAAUCGCUUGACACGUGUGCCCACCUUCAGUUUGAGUAAUCUGGCGCGCUUAGAGGAGUUGGCGUUGGGUCAAAAUGAUUUUGAGGUGAUUGUUGAGGGUGCUUUUGUCGGCUUGAAGCAAUUGAAACGCUUGGAAAUCAAUGGCGCUCUACGGCUGAAACGCAUAAUGAACGGCGCCUUCUCGACAAAUGGCAAUUUGGAGUAUUUAAAUCUGUCAUCGAACAAAAUGUUGCAUGAAGUGCAGGAGGGUGCGCUGAGCGGUUUACCCAAUAUGCGUCAUGUCAUACUGAAAGCAAACGCGCUCACCACACUUGCAGAAGGUCUUUUUCCAUGGCGCGAUCUCAUUACGCUCGAUCUGUCGGAGAAUCCGAUGUCUUGUGAUUGUCGUGUCAUGUGGCUGCGCAACUUGUUGGUGGAAAAGAACGGUACAAACGAUGCGAUCUCUGAAGUCUACUGCGCCUUCCCCGAACGGCUGCAUGGUGAAGCUUUGCGCAACUUGAACCCGGCGCUUAUGGGUUGCACACACACCGAUCCACGCAAGCAAGCUUUGAUUGGCGCGCUACUCGUCGGUUCGGCAGCCACGCUAACUGCCUUGGCGCUCAUAUUGUAUCGUUGUCGCCGCAAGAUACGCGAGUACAUCAGCAGCGGUGUUUGGGGUAAUUCCGCUUUGGGACGCAAAGAACGUGAAUACCAAAAGACUUUCUGCGAUGAGGACUACAUCACGCGCCAUCAACAUCAUCCCUGCAGUCUUGGCAUACACUCGACCUUCUCAAACACCUACACCCCACAUCAUCCCGCUGCACGUCAUUACGGCUUCUGCACCAUGCCCAUCAACGACUUGAACGCGCCGGAUACACAGAAGAAUCUACAGCAGCUGCAAGUGCCCACCGCCACAGUGUUGAACGAGAAGAAAGCACUACAAACCGGUAUUAGCAUUGACGAUUGCGCAUCCUACUCGCUACGGCUUAAACCCUGCAACGGCAGCGUUGUGGAAUCGCAGCCGAGCGUGAACCAUUACACGAAACCGCAAUUCGCACACUCCGCCGUUACGCUAGAUGUCGGCGAGUCGUGUUACUCCUAUGCCGAUGUGCCAAUGAUGCAUUCGCCCGGGGUGAAUACAUGUGAAGCACGCCAACACCAGCUGCGCCUCACGCAAGAGCACUUCAACCAACAACAGAAACAACAACAGCAGCAGCAACAACAGCAGCUGCAUUAUGGCACUUCGUCACGUAGCGAUUGUGAUGCGUCUAGCGAGGUAAUGGAUGCCAAUUAUAUUUACAGCAACGCACACUAUUCGAUGCCGUUAGAGCAGGGACGUUGCGCCAAAACGCCCACACCACCGCCACUACCGCCAGCAUUGCCCUUGCGUAAUGGCGUAGCGACUACGGGUCGUCGCUCCUUUAUGGGCGUCAAUGCACAAAAGCAACAACAGCAACAGCAGCAGCCAUGCAACAACACAAUGCGUAAUCCCCACUGAUCGCAGGUGUUUAGUGUGGGUGAUGAGCUGCCGCUGGCGGUGCGUUACCCUACCUAUCACCAUCCCAAGCUGAGCUUGUACGCUUAGUGGGCGCCAACUGUGAUGUGACCGCGUGUCGUAGCGCAAGCGUAUUAUCAAAACGAGACUUUGAGAUAUACAGGGGGACGUUAGCGUGUAGGAGAGAUCACGAGAUAGAAUUUCAAGUAUUACUACUGAGGACCCUAAGUACAUAAAUAGUAAACCAACGAAUUAUAGAACUUAAGUAACCAACUCGUAUGUAAUUAGCAGCAAAGAUAAUAUGCUAAGUUCGUGCACCUAAAGGUAUGCUUUGGAAAGCUGAUUUUGAAGGCGUGAAAUUAAAAUUAAAAUCUGAAAUCAAAGUGGUACCUUUGAAAAAUUUGUAUAUAAAAAAUAAAAAUAAUAAUUUAAAGCAACAAUAACAUUUCACGAAGAAAACAACAAACCGAAAGACAUAGUGUUAAUUGUAAAUAAAUUAUCUAAGUAGUUUAACAACUAGUUCAUAAGCAUAAUUAUUAUUUUUACUUUUUUUUUUGUUUUGAAAAGAGCACUGACUUAAUUUUUAGCAACGGUAAUUAUACCGUUAAGUGAAAAUUGUACUUAUUUAACCGCUAAGCAAAUGUAAAUUAUUUUAUAAAAAAUGUUGUUUAGUUAGUUUAUUUAGUUUUAAUACAACAACACAACACUAAUUUCUAAUAGUUAGAAGAAUAUUUAAAAUAUAUAUAAAAAAUUGAUAAAAACCGCAAAAAAAUCAUAAUAAAGUAAAUAAAGUAUCAACUUUUUUGAAUUAAAUUUUGAAUUGUUCGGAUCUGCACAAUUUUUUCAGAGAUUGUACCGAUUUGAGAUAAUAACCCUUGCCAAAUUUCUUAAAGAUAACUCGUCAAAUGAAAAAGUUUUCCAUACAAGCACUUGAUUCCAAUCGUUCAUUUUGUACGACAUUUACUUGUAUAUAGUAUACUUGUAUAGUCGUUCAAUAUCGGCAUUUCCGACAAAUGAGCAGCUUUUUGGAGAAGAAAAGACGUGCGCAAAAUUCCAUAUCGAUAUCUCAAAAACCGAUUGACUAGUUCGUGUAUAUACAGACAGAUGGGUAUUAAUAUUAUCCAUUAUAUUAUUAAUGUAUUCAUUUAGUUGAAGUAAAAAAUAAAUUUUAAUUAAGGUUUUUAAAAUUAAAAAAAAAGUAGUUUAAAAAAGGUUAAGUAAUGGCAAUUAAAUUAAUUAAUUUUGU